GCGUGCUACGAGGUGGAAUUCCGCACGUCUCUUGAAUGACUAGAUAAGCUGAUAUAUUACCCCGUUCCCUUUACCGCGAGAGAAACACGACGCUUCUGCCAUCACUUCCACUGCAUACAUACACAGUCACUGCGCUGCUGAGUCUCUCAUACGCACGCAUCAAGCAACGCAAUGGCCUCCGCACCACCCGAUUUCGAAGCCCUCACUGGUCACUGUACCUGCAAAAGCAUCACCUACACGCUACUCGCGCCACCUCUCGUAACGCACUGCUGUCACUGCUCUUGGUGCCAACGCGAAACUGGCACCGCCUUCGCCCUCAACACGGUCAUCGAAUGCUACAACUUCCGGAUCACGUCUCCGACCCAACCCACCGUCGCACGCAACCCAUCCCUCUCCGGAAUCGGCCAACUUGUCGCACGCUGCCCGACCUGUUGCGUGGCCAUCUACUCGCACUAUUCCAACGUGACUGCCACGAUGUUUGUCCGGGCGGGCACGCUAGAGGAAGGAAGCAGACAGAGGGUUAGACCCGAUGUGCAUAUCUUUACCGGGGCGAAGGUCGAGUGGGUGGACUUGAGUAAGGAGAAGGAGAGAGGGGUCAAAGUGUAUGAGGAGUAUUAUGAGAGGGAGGAUGUUUGGAGUGAGGAGAGCAUGGAGAGGAGGAAGAAAUUGUUGGAGUGGGUGGAGGAGCAGAAGGGGGCGGUCUAGGAGUCGACAGUCUAGUUUCAUAUGUGGUAUUCCGACAGUCGUUCAUAGCGUGUAAUUUUGAAUGGUAAAGGAUGCUUCAUUCGAAGUGAACGGCAGUCACUUUUCUCCCCGAACCGUGGCUGCGCACCUAACAACGCCCGCCGAAACAGUACUCUUCAAUGGACAAGAACCGCCCUGGAUAUCUUACAGCGCUAGAG